AUGAAAGAUUAUAGACCUGAUGUGGAGUCUACUUAUAUUCAAUAUCUUGAUGCAAACAAUCUUUACGGAUGGGCAAUGUCACAGUCACUUCCAACACAUGGAUUUAAAUGGAUUAAAAACCUAACAAAAGACAAAGUAAUGGAAAUUUCAGAAAAAGCAAAUUAUAGUAUGUCAAAUCGUGGAAGAAAAGGAUAUAUAUCUGAGGUUGAUUUAGAAUAUCCUUCCAACCUAUGGGAAACACAUAAUGACUAUCCACUUGCACCUCAGAAGAUGAAUGUUAAUGGUGUUGAAAAACUAAUUUGUCAUUUUAAACCAAGAAAAAAUUAUGUUGUACAUUAUCGAAAUCUAAGACAAUACCUAGAGAUGGGAAUGAGAAUAACUGCUGUUCACAGAGGAAUAUCAUUUUACCAAUCUCCUUGGAUGGAACCUUAUAUAAGAAAGAAUACAGAAUUUAGAAAAACGGCAGCUAACAGUUUUGAGAAAGACUUUUUCAAACUAAUGAAUAAUUCUGUAUUUGGAAAAACAAUAGAAAACAUAAGAAAAAGACAAAAUAUAUUUAUUAUUGAUGAUCGUCAAAAAGCUGUAAAAUUAACAAGUGCAGGAUUGAAACUAUCUCGUUGUUAUAAACUAUUUUUAGAAUAACGCCAAGUAUACUUUUUUUGUCUUCACAUAAAAUUGUUUGGUCAUAUACAACCUGUUCGUUAUCUUGAUCUGUCAAAAACAUUAAUCUUUGAUUUUCAUUACAACUAUAUUCAAAAGAAAUAUAAAGACAAGGCUGAGUUAUUGUUUACAGAUACCGAUAGCUUGAUGUAUCACAUUUACACAGAUGAUUUUUACAAAGAUAUAUCACAUGACAUAGAAGACAAGUUUGACACAUCUGAUUAUCCUAGUGAUCACCCGUCUGGUAUACUAACAGGAGUUAACAAAAAAGUAAUAGGAAUGUUUAAAGAUGAAGUAGCAGGAAAACAAAUUACUUGUUUUGUUGGAUUGCGACCCAAACUUUAUAGUUUUAAAAUAGAGGAUCGUAAAGAAGUUCGUAAAUGUAAAGGUAUAAAGAAAAAUGUUAUAAAAAAGAAAUUAGAUUUUGAAGAUUAUGUUGAUUGUUUAUUUCUGGGUAAAAAGCAAAUGAGAUCUAUGAAAACAAUAAGAAGUGAAAAUCAUGAUAUAUAUUCAAAAGAAGUAAAUAAAAUAGCUCUGAGUAAUGAAGAUGAUAAACGCACGGUGAUGUUUAAUAAAAUAAAAACCAUCGCUUUAAGAUAA